UCUCAUUGAUUAACGGCAAAUAACCAUCGACAACAAUGUCUUAUUUAAAAAAAAAGUGGAGGCAUGUGAAUUCGAACGGCUGUUAACGACCCUGCUUCUCUAUUUUCAGUUAACGUUUACCAUAUAUGGACUACAGCUAGGUUUUCAAUUACAAAUGUAGCCUACAUGAUAUUACAUAGUUGCUGUUAAUUCUCCCUGGUUAAACAUUUUGGUAUAUCUAAUUAAAGUUUUCUUAGACGGACGCCAGGGAUAAGUCUCAGCAAAUGGGGCUGGUCACAUUUUGCCUUCAUGUAACGGAAUAACACCAAAUGGAGAGACGAAUGAAAGGGAGCUUAUGAAAGUUCCUCUCACCAGUGAGACAGCAUGGAGUGGCCGGGGGAUUUUCCUGAUGACCAUGCGUUUGUGGGCCUGCUGGUUCCGGGGGUCUCCAGUGAAUCUGACUUUGAGCAGCUCCUACAAGACACAGAGGAGAAACUCAAUCUCAAUGCCAACAGUAUUGAACAGCAGCUAAAGGAGCUCCAAAUGAAGAUGGGAGACUCCCGGACAGGUGGGGGUCCUCCGAGCCCCUCAGAGUGUCUGCACUGGUUCAACAUCAGAGCACACAACAGUCUCAGGCCUGUUUCUACUGGACAUCAAGAGCUUAUGGACUUCUUCAGAGCCUUGCAACAGUACCUGAAGUCUGAUGACGAAAGCAAAGAGGAGGUGGUGCUUCAGCUCCUGCUGAAUCUGUCCUCACAGUGUGGCAUCUGCUUUCCUUGUACCCCUUCCCCUUCCUUUUCCUCAUCAUCUCUUCAUCCUCAGCUGAACACCUCUUCCAUCAACUUGGUGCAUACAAUUAGAGAUGAUGCCUCAUUCGAGAUCCAGGAGGCAUGGGAUGGUGUGCGCCUUCAGCUGCGCCACCACCUUCUGGUCUGGCUGUCUUCCCGCAACCCAGAAAAUCCUGCACACAAACAUAUUUCCACUCUGUCCAUCCCUGAACGGGUCAGUUGUCUUCAGCAGCUGUUCUUCCUUUACCCUGAGUCUGAAGUGCUCACUCAUUACCAGGGUCUGAGAAGUCAGUCUGUGCUGGUUCUCCUGCUCUCUGCUCUGAGCUCUGGCCCUGGAGGUGAGACCGGCUUUGACAGACUGGCUGUAGGCUUCUGUUCUGCGAUCCCAGCUCUGACCCAGGCCCUCACAGAGGAGCUCCAUGUCCUUUCAAGGCUUGCAGAACCACACACCAUCCUGGGUUUCAUUAAUGCGGCAUACCUCAGCACUGUGGCCCGAGAACUGACCUCCCUGAUGGAGAGAGAAUGUGAAAUCGCCCUGCGGGACAACACCACGUUCAGCAGCAAGAUCAAGAAGUAUUCAGCCAGGUCACGGGCAACUGUAGCGCCAAUGGAACUUCCCAUGAAAAACCGAAGCUUCAGUUUGACCUCCCACCAGCUGAGGGCGUUAACUCAGCUGGCCUGCACCCUGCUGGGGUUUGAGAGGACUGUGAAGGAGCUGGUUACUAAUGUGACCUUUGUUGACUGCACAGGAGAAACUCCAUGUGUAAAAGGAAUCCUGAAAAAGAGCAGAGAAGAUUCAGACAUGACAUCAGACGGGAGAAAAUCAACAGCAGAAACAGUUCCACACAUAUCUGAGUCGCAGGUGCUGGAGUUUGACUGGAGGUCAGCGUUUCGGGGUCUGGUCCCUCACAUGGCACACUGUGUUAAAGUGGUGCUGGAUGAUGUUUGUGCCAAGAGUCUACAGCAGGAGGAGGCUUUGUUUUCUUCAGGACACACCUCCAUCAGUUUGAGUCACAUAGGCAGAGACACCACCCUCUCUGGGAGCAACACCCGUCUCAAAGAAGAUUUCUUCUACACCUUCUCAGAGAGAGAGACUCCCAAAAUGAUAGCAAAGUUCUGUGGAGCAAUCGUGACUGAGAUGGAUGCUUUGCUUCCCCUGGCAGCCGCCUGCAGGGACGGCUCUCUCCUGGAGGUGCGAUCGAGCUUUGUGGAGGCGUGUGGCCGGGCAGCAUUUGCCAUGUUGGGUCGUUUGCAGGAGAGGGCCCUGGAGGUACCAUCCUCUGCUCCCCUGAAGAACCUGCCUGCUCUGCUGGCCACAUGCAUAUAUGUGCAACAACGACUGGAGCACUAUCAUGCCCGACUGAAACAUCCGCAUUCUACUGUAGCUAAAGCACCACUGACACUGCUGCCUAUCCAGAAGUACCAUGAUACAAUGGAGGCCUUAAGAGAACAGCUGACCAGCUACUCUUUCCAGGUGUGUUCCACCUGCAUUCUUCAAGAUGCGGAGAGUCACCACUGGGCUGACCCCAAACCCUUCUAUGAGGGUGAGCGCUGCUCCUUCUCAGUGCAGAUGUGGUUCUACUUCCUGUGUGGGCUCCGGAGCGACCUGUGGGCGGUGCUUCCGGCAGAUUUAGCCAAAGAGGUGUUGGGCCAGGUGCUGUCAGAGAGUCUACAGCUGUUGGUGCAAAGAUACGCCAGGGCCCGUCCUUCGUACAACAGACACCUGCAAAUCAGGUGUGACAUAACGGCGGUGUUGCUGUAUGUGGAACAGCUUAUGUGGAGUGUGUGUGAAAGUCCCGAGGCUGUGGUGCACCCCAAUCCUUCUUCGGCGAUUACUAUAAUAGCGGGUGGAGCAGACUGGCCAUACAUAAUCCACAGCCUGUGUGAGCAACUCUUGACAGUGCUGGUCAUUGUUACAGCACCCCUAUCUUUGCUGUACAGGAUAUUUAUAAUCAGUCCUGUUGAAGAGUCUGCAGCGCAUCAGCCUGACAGCCCUGUUGUCCACUGGCUUAAUGCUAUCAACCCUGACCUCUUCACUGAGCAGGUCAUACGAGAUGGUCUUAUGGGCGAGGCGGCCUCUGCGUGUCAGCUGAGGCUGCUGACCUCUGACUCUGGAUGCAAUCCCAGGUUGCUGCUGAGAAUGUUGCUGUACAGAGACUGUCACCUGCCCAGAAUACUCCUGGAAAACUCUUAUUUUUGCCAGGAGAGCAGCGUAGAAACGUCAGCGGAGAACUACAGAGCAGGGGAUAACUUCAUAAUUACAUUGUUUAACCUCUUCAGUUCCUUGAACCACGUUCCCAAGGCCUUGACUCAGGUCCUUGAACCGUACCUGGAAUGGACCCAAAUGUGGGAGCACCUUUACACCCUGGCAGACACAACACUGACCGUACCUGUAGUGAUAAGCUGUGUACGUGGGGUGCUCAGCAGGUCUACAAACAGCCUCCUGGCACACCUGGCCUCCAUGGUGACGAGUUGGCAAGCCACAGAGGAGCCCAGUGCAGCCUUGUUAAAGCACAAUGUACCUGAAAGUGUCCUGAAUAAGAUACCCAAAGAAUGGGGCUACAUGCCCCUGGAGGCAAGGGGGAAGGAGACAUCAACUAAGACUGUCAUAUCAUUUACUAUUCAAGCCUUGUCCUUCAUUUUUACAAACUUGCCCAUGGCCGUAGCAUCCAUCCCUCUCCCCAUCCGCUUCCUCUUCCAAGUGGCCGAGAAGCACCUUUCCCAUCAUGCUCGGCAGCUGCGCUUAGUGGGCCUGUUACUAUGGACGCUGUUAGGCUGUCUGAUCCAGGCCCUGGAGGACCCACACACGCUGGCACAGAUCAGCGGUGUGGAGCUGGACCGUGGGGCAAAGGACUCUCUGUCCCUGCUGGCUGAGUGCCUACAGGCUGCCAUCGGCAUUCAACAGAAGGGCAUUCCCAAACCCACCGUGCACAAAGUGCUGCAAGCUCUGGAGGAGAAGAGGCCCAAGUGGACAAACAUGCAGCUGCAGAAAGCUCGCAAACUCUGCUCCGACAGUGUGUUUGAGCGAGGAAGGGAGAGCGGAGUUGCUGCGGCUGAACUGACUGAGCAGAAAAUAGGCCUGAUGCUGCUGGAGGUCUGCCACAAAGCAGGUGGCAGCGACUACCUGAGGCAGAUCUAUCACAUCAUCCAAGGCAAUGAGGAACUAUUGAUGCUCAAACUUAAAGAAAGCACAAACUCGUCGAGUAAUCCUCCUCACUUGGUGAGCUUUGACCUUCAAGUGGACACUGCUGGUUUCAACCCUCUCAAACAGUUUGACCACAUUGGAAAGAAGAAACUGGAUCAGAGUGCUGUGGUGGACUGGACGUGGGACUGGCCACGGCUGCUGCCAGCCUAUCAGGGCAUGAGUCAGGUCACCUUCAAAACUCUGCUGGCCAACAGGUGGGAAAUGCAGGAGGAUGCAGAGCUGGAAGAUGAAGAAAAAUCUAUGGUGGAGGAACUUCAGAAAGCUUAUUUUGUUCGCUGCUGCAGUCCAGGACUGCAAGACCCCCCUGAAGCAGAUGAGAUACCUGCAGAGCAGACCCCAGGGGAAACACACCCAUCUGAUGAGACUGCUGCCCAGUAACAGUCCAGGCAGUUAGAUUUUUUAUCAUGUUGUAAACGCUUGCAUGUAAUACCAGGAGCUCUUAAGGUACUUUCAUUUAAAUAUGAGUGUGUUUAACUGCAACUUUGCAAUGAGUGAAAACAUGAGCAGGAGAGCGGACAAGAAGCUGCUACACAACAAAAUGUAAGAGACGUUACCUCCCUUUCUCGGCACACGCACGCCUCAGACAAACUCUGUGCUUUUCUCUGCUGCUUUAGACGCAUUUCAUCUUUUUGGAGCACAUCUCCAGAAAUCAGUUCUGGGAAAAGGAGAGCCUGGAUUUGUUUGCCUGGGACAAGAUGGGACUGUGUGAUCACUAGUGGUAGUUGAAGUUUUUUUUUUUUUAGGCUGUAAGUGUAAAGACAUUGGUGUCAGCAUACUUUCUCUUGGUUCCUGAAAGCAAACAUCAAAUAUUACGGCAGGGAAGCGAGACGAUGUAUGUUUUUGAUUACAGUGUGUCCCAAAAAUCUGCCCCACUAUGUAAUAUCAGGCAGUGU